GCGGUGGCGGGUGGGCGGUGCCCGGCGCCCGCAGGAGCCGGCGAUGGGGCGGCGCGCGCGGCGCUGAGGGGCCGCGGGCGGCGGGACCGCAGGUCUCCGUGCCGCCAGUGCCGGUCCCGCAGCAGAGGGGCCCAGAGCUGCCAUGACGACGGGUGACUGCUGCCACCUCCCCGGCUCCCUCUGCGACUGCCCGGGCAGUGCCGCCCUCUCCAAGUCGGUGGAGGACAAUGACAUCGGUCGCCCGCAGUACGUCACGCAGGUCACCGCCAAGGACGGGCGGCUCCUCUCCACCGUGAUCAAGGCGCUGGGCGCCCAGAGUGAUGGUCCCAUCUGUCGAAUCUGUCACGAAGGUGGAAAUGGGGAGGGACUGCUUUCCCCGUGUGACUGCACAGGAACACUGGGCACCGUGCACAAGAGCUGCCUGGAAAAAUGGUUAUCCUCCUCCAACACAAGUUACUGUGAGCUCUGCCACACAGAAUUUGUUGUAGAGAGAAGACCGAGACCUUUGACAGAGUGGCUGAAGGAUCCCGGUCCCCGCAAUGAGAAGAGGACCCUUUUCUGCGACAUGGUGUGUUUCCUGUUCAUUACUCCCCUGGCGGCGAUCUCUGGCUGGCUGUGUCUGCGCGGAGCCCAGGAUCAUUUGCAGUUCAACAGCCGACUGGAGGCCAUCGGACUCAUAGCACUAACUAUAGCACUUUUCACAAUUUACGUCCUUUGGACACUGGUUUCGUUCCGCUACCACUGCCAGCUGUACUCGGAGUGGCGAAGGACCAACCAGAAAGUCCGCUUGAUGAUCCCAGCCUCGCGGAGCCCUCACCCCCUGCCCCACUCCCUCCUCUCCGCCAAGCUCCUGAAGAAGACCGCGGAUGAAACCACCGUCUGAGCCCUCCCUCGGCCGCUGCGCCCCGUGGCUGCUGGGGUGAGGGCAGCCCUUCGGGGCUGGCAGAAGCAAAGAGGGUCAGGCGUCCCCCUGCGUGCGCAGGAAACGCGGCAACCAUGGAGGCACUAGAAAGCAAUCAUCCCACCCGAAGGGACUUUGCGGUCAGCAUGUACUUUAUACUACAGCAAACAGACAGAUAAUCAACAUCUGUCAUGUGAAACGGCUCAAAAGAGCCAGAUGGCAGAAUAUGCCUGUCUGCAGGGACACUUUCCUAUAACUAAAUACCAUACAUGGAAAAUAUCUCCCUCUAUAUAUAUAUAUAUAUAUCUAUAUAUAAUAUUAUUUUUUAA